AUGGAAGAGCGAACAAGACGAACGCAUGCGAGAUCCGCAAAACCAGCCGACGCCGUGGACAGGGCCGCGUCUCAGCCGCUCUUGAUACUCAAUAACACUAACCGGGCCACAGACCGUGAAUCAGCUUUUGCCAUUGAAGAGAGACACAAGAUUACGUGAGUAUAGUGUACAUUUUUUGAGUUAAAAAAAAAUAAAAUAUAUUAUUAUAUACGUAUUUUUUUUUUUAACUUCCGGUAACGUACUUCGCAGGAUAGAAGGGGGAGGGGGCCAAGGGAGCUUCGGUCCUCCGUUAAAAUACGAAUAAUAAUAACAAUAUUUGAAGCCGAAAAAACGUACAUAUAAAUAUAUGAAUAAAUAAUUUUAUUUAUUUAUUUGUUUAUUUAUUUAUUUAUAUAUUUAAUUACUCGUAAUUAACCAUUUAAUAAUUUUGUUUUUACUUUAUUGUUGUAUUACUUAUAAAUAUUAUAAAAGCAACAAUCGUCACGUAUUUGCAUGGUAUAUUUGAAUUUAUAUUGAAUAGGACUAGUAAGCACUCAACUAUAAGUAUCUAUAGUGUACAAAAUUUAAUUAUUGUACUACCCGCUAUAAUAUACAAUAAUUAUACAAUAUUAGUAUUGUUAUAAUUAUAACUAUUGUGGAUUUUCGGAAACAACCUCCCGGAUUAAAAAGAUUUUAUUACAUAAUUAAUGUAGAGAUAUUUUGCUCGUGUUAUUAUUUUAUAUAUGUGUUAUACGUGUUAUACGUGUUAUUUUUUGUCGAAUUUUCCCCAAAAAUAUAAAGACUAGGUAUAAUAGUUCGUAAUUAUAAUAUAAUAUAUUAGGGUGGAUCAAAAUCCAUUAGCGAGCGUAUCUGUAUAUUUUAUUUGUACAAGCGUAACGAUAUCACCAAAUCUUAUUUAUCUAAGUAACGCAUUUACGGUGAAUAACGCGAUUUGUAUGUAUUUUAUAUGUUUACGAUUUAGAAUUAUCGCUGAACGAAAACUGGCUUAGAUGCAAAUCAUCAAAGUGUAAUAAUGAAUAAAUAAGGUCCUAUAGUUAAUAAGGAUAAAAUCAAUUUUGACAAAAUUAUUAUUAGCAACGGAACGUAUACAUAUAAAAAAUGUUAUGAAAUCAUCUACCUGAAAUUACUUAUGAAAAAUUUGUUUGAGUGCAAUCUUUUUGCUUUUCACGGCUAACUACGUUGUCAAUAUUUAUUUUAUUCUCAUUGACUAUAGGACCUUAUUUAUUCCUUAUUACAAUAUAAUAUUAUUCUGACAAUUUAUCUCCAUACCAUAUUUUGUUAAUAAUUUACGAUAAUUUAAACCGCAGGAAAAAAAAAUUAAAUAGGUACAUAUAAAUUGUGUCAUUUAUUUAAAAUCGUUGAACCUGAAAUUUUAUUUUUUUUUGAAAUAAGAUUCAUUGGUGUUGUUAUACUUGUACAAAUAAAAUAUAAAAAGAUACGUUCAUGAAAAAAAAAAACAUUUUGUUUUGAUCCACCAUGAAAAAACUAUUUUCCCAGUUUUCCUACGUUUUUCCAAAUUUCUCCAUGUUGUAUCCCGGUUUUUCACAUUUUUUGGACAAACUUCUGAGAAAAUCGAAAAAUAGUAUCUCCCCUUACCGAUUUCCUUUGAGAAAAUAUGCUACUAAGUCCGAGCAAGUCUUAUGGUAGAAAAAAUGUUAACAGAAAAUAAAAAUAAACGUCUUUGUAAAACUAUAAGCUUUUUUGCUUUACUCAGAAUCUAAAAUGAGUUCACUCAAUAUUGUUUCGUAAUUUUAUUUAUUUAUCAUUAUUAAAACUCAAGGAAUGCUAAUACGGCAAUUGGAGGUACCUAGCAAUCCCUAGCCUCCCUCCCCCUCAUUUAGUCUCACCCAUGCCCUGGUUUUAAUUUUAUAUCUACUGUUAUCUACUUACGUCUAAAUAUUGUGUGUUUUUUUGUUUUUCCUCGUAGGAAAGGUGAAUCAGUUGUACAUUUGGUGAAAGCUACCUUCGGUGGUGGCUUUUUGGCAAUGCCCUAUGCCUUUCGUCAUGCUGGUUUAAUAGUGGGCUCGCUGGGAACAUUGUUAAUCGGCAUGGCAGUGCUGAAUAUGAUGUCGUCUAUCGUAAGUAUAUAAUAUUAUUAUACAUUUACCUCGUGGAUGCGCAUAUUUAUACGCAACCAUCUGAUCAAAUUUAUUCGUAGUGGGUAGGUGGGAUGGUGUCAGCGGUGAGAAAUAUACAUAGUAUGAAUAUUAUUUGUAUAAAAUAUAACUAAACAAAAUAUUACCAUGAAUUACGUAAUAUAAAAUUUAAUAUUAUAAUAUAAUAUUAUUAUGUGUUACCUAUACAGUGUAAUAAUUGAUAUUUUUUGCCAGAGUAUUUUUAAACUAUUUAGGCGCCACUGCGCAUAAAACACGGGACAAUAAUCCAUAAGACCGUGACAUUCGGGAAAAUAAUAAUCUUCGGUUUUCACUACGUCACGUUCGUUAUUCCGUGUAAAGUAGACGUUUUCACAUCGUUUUCGUUCAUCCUUCGUUAGCCAUACGCCCAACGUAUUUUCGCACGACAAAUCGCGGAGUUUGUUUCCGUUUAAAAGUCCGACACGAGUCCCCACUCGAGUUGACUAUAUAUAUAUUUAUAUUCAUAUAUAUAGGAACCAUUCCGGUUAUUAUUAUUCCGCGCCAAUGGCGUUUCCGAUUGUUAAUUGUUUGUUUUGUAGCCCUUCCUUUUACCUCGUGGAACGGUCCGUCAACAACGGCAACGCACGCGAGCGUGCACGCGUUGUCAAAUAUUAUUACUAUUGUUAUAUACGGUUUUAGUGAAUACAGUAGGUAUUGUACGUAAGUACGACGCACACGUACAACGUUGAACAACAAUAAUACGUAUUUAUUGUUCCCCCGGGCACGUCGCCAUGUUCGUAUUUCGUGUGUAUAUAGCGCAGCAGCUCCCGUGCCGCGGGCUCUCCCAUCGAUUUCGGAAACCGGAAGCGCGCGCGCGCCCCUGAUCUGACGACCGAGCCACGCGCCGCCAUGGAAACGGAUUUUUUUCUCGUAGGUACAGACUCACCGCCCUUUAUUCGGUACCAAUACCGCGUCCCUUUUCGCGUACAUCUCCAUAGAAUAUUAAUAUUCGUGGCCCGGCGCAAUAUAAUAAUUUCGUGUACGCGGUCUUGCAGCAGAAUAAUAGUUUUAUUGGGCUUUUCGGAAUACGCAUCAUUCAAAUGAGUUUAAUUCAUAAUACAUAUUAUCAUAUUAUACUAUGUUUUAUUUGCUUUUCGAAUAUCGGUUCCCCCCUCCUCUUCCUCAACUAAUUCGUGUAAGUUUCUGCAGGACAACAGUUCUAAAAUUGACGUUUUAUCGCUAAACAUUUACUGAUUAAUGUUAUUGAUCAUUAUAUUAUACUACGUCGUUAACGGGCAAAUUAUUAAACUUCGAUUAAAUUUAAAUCGAAAAGCAUGUUACGUUUUCCCUUACCCAAACCUAACCUAUCCAUUUGGAUAUUAUUUAGACUGGUGCGUAGCACAUACUUGAUUUAGCAGGGGGCACGGAGAACCCGAGAAAAACAGAGGAACAGACAAUUACAGGAAAGAUAUUUUACAGGAAUUCCAGAAACGAUUUUCCCAAGGUAUAUAAAAUUACAGGCAAGUUAAUUUUAGGAAUAACAAAAAUCAGAAAAUUCAAAUCGGUUACUAUAAUAAUAUAGUCGUUUGUUUCGUUUUGUAAAUAAUACAAGCAGUUAUUACAGACGCGGUGUAAUGCUGGAAUUUUAACAUUAUGAGUAUAUUUCAAUAAUAUAGGGGUGAUGUUUUGUCGGUAUACACAGAGUGAACGCACGAGGGGACUCGCCGAAUCGCUAGAGGCUGCGCGCGAAUCGCGACCCUCAAACGUAUACCACCCUCGGAUAAGCCGCGUGCGCAAAUAUAAUUUUCUCUGUGUAGCUCCCCCAUCUAUACCACCCCGUUAUUUUGAAAUAAAUAUAUACUCCGUAUAUUUCUCGACCCUCCGUGAAUCGGGGUGAUUCACGGAGGGUCGAAAAAUACAAUACCUUUUACUUCUAUCAAAUAUUAUUUUGGGGUGGUUUUCUUCCCCCGUUUAUAAUUACAUUAGAACGUAAGGCCCUCGCUUAACGUUAUGAUUCAUUCAUUUUAUAAAAAAAUUUUUUUUCUUUUCAAAAUUCAAUACAUGUAAAUAUUUUAUAGAUUUAUUUGUAUAUGUUGACUAAUCUAAAUCUUAUUACUAAGUCUGGAGUUUCUAAUAAUUUUUUAAAAUUGACAAAAAUUAAGUUUUCUUGAUCAUUGCUCCGCCAUUGUAAUAAUUAAAAUGUAUAAUAAUAUUAUGUAAAAACAAAAAUAUUACCGUAUCACUAUGAGUACUUUUUUACGGAAAAAUAUGUAAAUUAAUUAAUGUUAUUAUUUAGUAGCAUGAAAAAUAUAGAAAAAUUGGAAGCUAGAAUCGAAAUUAUCGUAAACAAAAAUAAAAUGGCAGACAAUUCAAAAAUUGUCAUUAGUAAACAUUUUGUUUUUAAUUUUUUCAAAAUAAAUUUAUAAAAUAGCUAUCUUGAAUUAUGUAAAAAAUUGUUUUCAUUUUUACUUAAAUGAAAUUAUUAUAAAUAAUAUAAAAAUAUUAGAAUCAUAACGCAAAACUAGUAAUUAUUAGGAAAAAAAAAAACUGAAAAAUAUUAUUCAGGGUGAAUCACCAUGUAUCGUCAUAAUCGUCAUAGGUAUAGAUUGAAGGAGACAAAAUAUUGUACUAAAAAAACGGGGGAAGAACGAAGAGACGAACAAAUAUUUUCAUAUUAUAUUAAAACCAUCUCGUUAAAAGUUUUGAUGACUCAUUAAAAUAUAUUAUAACUUAUAUUAUACUAUUCAAUUAGUAAUAAUUUUUACUGUUGAUAAAAAAUAUAAUGAACGACAAAAACUGUGUUUUUUCUUUAUAAUUUUGUACACAUUACAAGAUAAAUUCGAGACGGGAAAACUUUAUAGUCUGUAUAAAAAGAACCGGGCAUAAUAUUUUUUUUUUGUCAGAUAUUAUCGAGACGUAUUUCACGAUAUAUGGUCAACUUAAAUAAAAAACGAUGUGUUGUUACCUAUUAAUCGCAUCCUUGAUCUUUUUCGAGUUACAUCUGAAUUCCCUAAAAUAUUUGAGGGACUUAAUUUUUCUUGAAAUUAAAAUAUAAUUCAGCUGACAGCCAAGUUUCAAAGAAAAAAAAAAUCUCGAUUUCUUAAAUAAAAAUUCGUUUUUGUGCAUCCAGCUUUUAUAUUCUCACAGUCAGAUAAAACAAAACAGAAGAAUAUUCUCUAAUUUAUUCAUAAGUCAUGAUUACUAUUUAUGGAACAUUUACUAUUUUCUGAUAGGAAAUUUUAUUUGGUGGUACUGUGAGGAAAUACUUUUUUGAUUUUCCAAUAAGCGGUUUUUAUGAUAAUUAGGUAGAAACGUAGAAAAAUUGGGAAAAUGUACGUACAUGUAUAUAAAAAACCUCGCUUCAAAUUUUUUUUUUAUAUACGUCCUUUUGGUUCUGUGUUUUAAAGUAAUGGUUUCUAAUUGCAAAUAAAAAGUUAAUAGUAAUUUAGGCAUAAUAAGUUUGAAAUUGGUUUCAUAAUACUGAAAAACGGAAUUAAAAAUUUUACUUUGCGUGUUUUAUAGUUGUUUAGAAUUUUUUACUACUUUACUAGAAGUAGGUACUUCUGAACUUUUUGCGAACAUUUUGCAGAUUUACUUAGUUUUGAAAAUCAACAUUCGCUAUAUUUAAUGUAUUUGUAGACAAAGCACAGAUUUUGUAAAAUUUACUAUGUAAUUAUUGUAGGAUAAAGAUAAAAAUAGUAAUGUGAUCUAUAUAUUUGUUUUAUACAUCGGAGAUUAUAAAUAUAAAAUUGUAUUUCUACAUAUUUGAAUAAUUUUAGAUUUUUAGCGCUAUACAUUUCUAUCCUUGGACAUUGUACAUUUUCGUUGUAUAAUUUAUUGUUGGGAUUUUGGGAUAAAUGUGGUGGUCAUAGUAUGGGAACCUUUGGCCAUAAUCGUGGACGACCGAAUUUUUUUUUAUUUAUUUUUUUUUUAUUUCUAAUCGAGUGUUACGUAUUACGCUUAGGUGCGGAUUUCCCAGGCAAUGCGGUCCGGCAAAAAUAACGGAAACGGUGAUGACGCAGAUAUCGACAACAGGCAAGGCAAUAGAAAGCUGAUUCUACCUCCGAUGGAUUACCCAGAAACUGUAGCGGCGGUAUUCAGACGCGGUGCUGGAGGCCGCUUUGCCCGGUGGGCGCCGUUCGCUAAGUGCGUUUUUAUUACAUUUUUAUUAUAGACCUUUUCCCCCAGUAUUCCGCCGUCUGCGAAUAACGUUCCUUUCUGUGGAUAUAAUAUAUAAAAUAUAUAUAGCUCUCCCCUUUAUACUGUUCUAUAAUCCUGUACCGUUCCCUCGAGACUGGGGCGGACAACCUACACAAGCUAUAUAA